AACACCCAAAAAAAAAAAAAAAAAAAAAAAAAAAAAAAGAGGGGGAAUGCCAAGUAAUCUGCUACGCCUCACUCUUCCAAGCAACGGUCUCACUCGACCAAUCAGGUUCUGCCACCAAGGCUUCCAUCCGAUUCGUUCUCAUUUCCCAAGAACCAUCGCCGCCGAUUCAGACUCAGCCAUGGCCGCUGCCAACUCAGUCAGAGUCGCCGCCGCUCAGAUGACCUCCAUCAAUGACCUCGCUGCCAACUUCGCCACCUGCUCUCAACUCGUCAAAGAAGCAGCUUCAAGUGGAGCGAAAUUGGUAUGCUUUCCUGAGACUUUCUCUUAUUUGGCUGUUAAAGAUGGAGAAGCUCUCAAAAUAGCAGAAGAUUUAGAUGGACCAAUUAUGCAAAGAUAUUGCUCUCUAGCAAGAGAAUCAAACAUUUGGUUGUCACUGGGAGGUUUUCAGGAAAAGGGACCUGAUGACAGUCAUAUGUAUAAUACACAUGUUGUAAUUGAUGAUGCUGGGAAUAUCAGAAGCACUUAUAGGAAGAUUCACUUGUUUAAUGUAGAUGUUCCUGGUGGAAGGUCAUAUAAUGAAGGCAAAUUUACAGAAGCAGGGAAGGAUGUUGUAGCAGUAGAUAGCCCUGUUGGACGAUUGGGUUUGUCAGUUUGCUAUGAUCUGAGGUUCCCAGAGCUUUACCAGAAGCUCAGAUUCCAAUAUGAUGCACAGAUCCUAUUGGUACCUUCAGCUUUCACAGCAGUAACAGGUCAGGCACACUGGGAGAUUCUUCUCCGUGCUCGUGCAAUUGAGACUCAAUGUUAUGUCAUUGCUUCUGCACAAGCUGGAAAACAUAAUCAAAAUCGAGAAAGCUAUGGGGAUACCUUAAUAAUUGAUCCAUGGGGAACUGUAGUUGGUCGACUGCCUGAUAGACUGUCAACAGGGAUUACUGUAGCUGAUAUUGAUUUCUCAUUGAUUGAUUCAGUGAGAGCAAACAUGCCAAUAGCCGAGCAUCGGAAACCCAUCGACUUCUGGAAGUCUGCAAGUUUAUGAUACUUCAGAUGGUAUGCCAUGUAUCUCCUCCUGCCAUGAUGGUAUGUCAAUACCAUCUUGAAGUUGUAUUAUACUCUUAGAUGUUCUUAGAUGUUAAAUUAUGCAGCUUCUUGCUCGAAUUUAACGGCAAGGAUCGAGGAUGAAAGAUCAAAUGAUCAUUUGUAAUAAGUUAUAAGAUCUAGCCAUAAUCAGUAGUACAAAAUUUUUAUUUAUUUAUCAAUUUGAAGCUGAAGAUUGUUAGAUUUGUAUGUUUCAUAGAAAAAUUGGUUGUCUUUUUCUUUACCAAACAGUCCAUGCGUGGUGCUUGGUAACCAAAUAUCAGGUGCAUAUUUGUUACCUGAGGGUGUACAAGAAUUUUUAUUUUUUUAUGGAUUAUUAUUUUUAUUUUUA